UUAAUAUUUAAUUGUCGUCGAUCGCGAACGGUUGUCAUUGCUCCAGUACGAGGAGCUCUGAAUAAGUGGAAUUGCCAUUUGGAUUGCCACGGCUAUACCGUUACCGCUGACUCGUGAAGUGAUCCGCGAAUUCCUCAAGAGCGCCACCAAAACCGCCUUGCGUCCGCAUUAUCAGCAUUUUUGUUCAGUGAUCUUUGAUUCUGUUUUUCAUUUUUUUUUUUUAUUUUGAUCAUUUGAGUGUGGAUUUUAAUCUAACAAUCAGUGGCCAUGAUUCCUUGGAUCGGUUUAAGUCUAACCCUAGUGCUGGUCCUUUGCCCCCUGCAAAUAUCCUCGCGCAGCUAUAGCAAUGGCCUGAUCUUCUACGAACUGAAGUCCCACCAACCCUAUUUACCGCCCACGGUCAGUGUGUCCCGGGGUCGUAACCUGGCCAGUGUUAAGUACUCGGAGAAGGGUUCCAUCUGGUCCACCUUUGGACAGCCCUGCGAGUGCAACGGACCAACCUGCGGAUGCUGUGCGGGUCUCAAGGUCGAUCAAUAUAGAUUCGAUCAGAAAGUUUGUGCCAAUGUAAGCUUUGUGCCCCAGCUGGAGGAGGCCCAACUGGAGGUGUAUCUGAACGGAAAACCCUCCUCGAAGUAUGGAAUCUCGGUGCGAAAUCCGGCGCCCUUCUGCAUUCCCGUCAUGAUGGGCGUACCCAUGGCCAUGUGCGUCCAAAUGACCGAUGUCACUAUGGUUGGCAACAACCUGAACAUGUGCAUGGACUUUGUGGUGCGUCUGGCCACCACGGAUCUCUUCGAGAUGCACUUCCAGUGCAUGCGAAUGGGCCUGGAUGGCCUGCAGUAUGUCGAUAAGAAUGGCAAGCCUGUGCUGCCAGCUGGAGGAGGACAAAGCGAUGAUCCCGAGGAAUACGAGUAUGCUGAGCUGGAAGAUCAGCCGGAGGAGUAUCCAUCGCAAGAGGAAGUCAAGGUGGAGGAUCAAUCGAAUCAGGGAUAUCAACCAGAGAAGCAUCAGUCGCAGAUCAGUGAUCAGGCUAACGAAGAUCAAGUGGAGGAAGCAGAACCUGUAGGUUAUCCAAUCUUGAUAAAGCCCCAGGCAGCGAUUGAUCAGCAGAAAGAAGACCAACCUCAGAAGAAUCAAACACUGAUCGAUCCUCUAGACAAAGAGGAGGAUCAACAAAAUGAAGAACAAAGUUAUCAAACACUGGGUCAAAUCGAUCAUUCGAAGGAUGAUGAUCAUAAGGAAGAACCAGGAUAUCAAACUGAGGAAAAACAACCCGAGGAGAAUCAGCCAGAGAAGAUUCAACAACUUUCCGAUGAAGAUGAAGAAGAUGAACCAACGGGCUAUCCCUCCCAAAUCCCCAAAAUGGAACCUCCUAAAAUUCAACCAGAACAUAAUCUUUCCGUAGAUCAUCACAGUGAAGAUGAGAAGAAUGAAGAGAGUGAAGUUCAUCAGGAGGAGGAGGAAGAAUUCGAAGAGGCUGAACCCCUGCCAAUCGAAAGUGAAAUGCUAAUGGCCAGCGAUCAGGCAGAAGAAGCACCUUUCGAAGACGAGACCGAAGAAACGCCAGCAGAAGACACGAAAGAAAAGGAAGACGAGGCGGAGAAAGAGACGGGCAUGGACUCCGAUCAAGAGACACCUGACAAUGACAAUGGUUAUGGCGAGAGUGGCCCGAGGCCAAGUCAGGUAAUUGAAACAAUUACCAAUUCAAUAAAAGCCACUGAGGCGCCCACAACAACAACAACAACAACAACAACAGCUUCGUCGACGACAACAACAACGAAAAUACCAACAACAACCACAAAAAUACCAACAACGGCUACGACAUUUAACAAGCCAAACAUUGUUGUUAUUGAUGACACGAACAAUGGGGAGAAGACAGUAGAAGACGAGGGCGAGAAGACAGCAGAAGAGGAGGCGGAGAAAGAAGAGGAGGAGACAGCUGAGGAAGAGGAGGCCGAAGAAGAGGAAGAAGAAGCGACAACAGUGGCUGCUGAAAUGGAAAACGAUAGCGAUAAUGAGAUAAACGUGGACGAUGAUGAUGAUGAUGAGGUGGAGAAAAAAAACCAGGUGAAGGAACCCCCCAGCUAUGUGGCAAAAGAAGAGACGAAAAAGGAAGAAGAAGGGGCGGAAGAAAAGGUCGAAGUGGUAGAGAAAAGCGAGGAGAAAGAGGUGAAGACAGGUCAUGAAGAAAAGGUCAAGCCAGAGGAAGCAGCAGCUGAGGAAGAGGAAGGAGCGGAGGCAGAAGAUGAUAAUGAAGAAGGAGGAGAAAAUGACGAGGAGGAAGAAGAGGACGCUGAAGAGGAGGAGGCGGAGGAGGAUGAAGCCGAUGCCGAGGACGAAGAAGAGGCUGCCGAAGAAUCCACUGAGCCAGCAAAGCUCGAAGAAAGCGCUGUGAAAACUGAGGAAAAUGCCUAUGGCUAUGGCUAUGGCUAUGCAAAUCCAUAUGGAAAUGGGAAUGAAAAUGCCAAUGAAAAUGAUAAAGAAAAUGAAAAGGCGACGCCGGCAGCCAAGUCGUUGUCCCGACGUCGACGUCUGCGCCAUCGCCGCCUGCCACGCCCCCUGAGGAAAGCCCAUUAAAUGCCCCUCCUUAACUUAAUUUAUUGUAAUUCGUAAUUCGUAAAUCGUAAUUCGUAAUUCGUAAUUGUUAAUGAAUUGUUAAUGCUAAACGUUGAAGCCUGUUAAUUAAUACGUAUUUAUUGUAUUUAUUGAAACCAACUCAAUGCCAAACUCAAGCGAAAUAAAUGAUAAUUGUAAUUUAA